AUGACAAAUAAGUUAAUCACAUUAGAUACCGUUUACAAUUCUAAUAUAGGCUCUAUGGAAAAAAUAAUAAACUGUACUCUUCCAGUAAGAUAUCCACAUAAAUUUUUCCAAGAAGUUACUUCAGGUAGUAAAGAUGGCAAUGUUUAUUUUAGUAAGCUUGCAUAUUUCAAUGACGUAGCUGUUGGUACUGUAAAGGCCAAAUUAAUUCAUAAUCAAAAAGGUGGGGUAUUACCUCAAGGUGUAUAUAUUGAAGUAAUAGCUGUUCUUGAAAAUUAUCGUCAAAAAGGUAUUGGGAGAGAAUUAUUAGCGUAUAUAGAACGAGAAUGUAAAAGUCAUUUCCAACAUGAAAUUCUUGUUCAUAUAUCAGUAGAUAAUAACAAUGCUUUACAAUGGUAUGAAAAAAAUGGAUUUCAAAAUGAUGGAAUAAUAUUAAAAAAUUAUUAUCAAUAUUCUAAUGCACAAAUUUCUUCUGAUGCAUAUAUUUUAAAAAAGUAUAUCCCAUAA